GAAGGGCUGUCAUGAGUUUCUACCUUCUCUCUGGAAUGGACACCGACGUUUGUUUUUAACCCUUUUCACUGCUGUGGGCUUAUAGGAUCCAGAAGUGACACUAGCCAGAGCUGACUCCUGUGGACAAAGGUAAGCCUCAGAGUUGGUUCUACCCAAUGAAAGGUCACCAAUAAUGGUGCACGUCUAAAGCUCCAAGCUGCUGUGGUUGUAAAUUGUCUACUUCAUGCUACAAAGAACAAAGCCUCAAUCUAUCCUGUGCUCUUUCUCAAAGGAGAGUCCUCAAGAUAUUCUUGCACCACGUUCCAAUAUUUGGUGAUAUACCUACUUGAAACAACAUGGAGUCAAGUGAUAUAAUUGAAGUAUUGGACAAUGACAUCCCUAUUCCUAUAUGUACUGUAUGCGGACAACAACAUUCUGCAGAAGAAAACCAUUCUUACACCUACACAGAAGAAGUGGAUGAUGAUUUAAUCUGCCAUAUCUGCCUGCAUGCGCUCAUACAGCCCCUGGACACUCCAUGUGGUCACACAUACUGCACCCUCUGCCUCACCAACUUCUUAAUGCAUGAGAACUUCUGCCCUGUGGAUCGGAACCCCGUCAUGCUACAGAACUGCAAAAAAUCAACCAUUCUUGUAAAAAACCUUCUGGAUAAGCUGUCGGUCAUGUGUCCGUUUAAAGAAUAUUGUACAGAUGUCCUUCCAAGGUGUGAGGUUGAGGAUCAUUUCCUAAACAGGUGUAAAGGAGCUUCACAUUAUGGCCUAACCAAGGAACGUAAGAGGCGCUCUCAGGAUGGGUCCCCGGAUUGCAGCUCCUCACUGGAUUUAACAGUCGCGGCUGUCUCUCCAGAUCUGUCAGCAGCUGUAUCCUUAGCAAACGAUGAAGCGGGUCAAGACAACCCUGCUUUUAGUUCCCCCACAGGAGACAGCCAUUUGAGAAGCGGAUCAGAAGAACCCUGCCGAAUUAACAGGAACAGAAAUCGAAACUUUGAACGUUCCACAGUCAGGAGCUUGUCAUUUAAAAAGCUUAACAGAGCCUUCAGCGUGCUCAGGAGAACGAAAAGUGGAAAUGCGGUUGUGCAGUCUACUGAACGAGAGCGAGUGCUCCUGCAGAAUGCAAACGUCACAGAAGAUUGUCUUGUGCUUCCCAGAUUACAUCACCUUAUUCCAGACGGAGAGAUUACCUGUAUUAAAAUCAAUCGGGUGGAGCCUAGCGAAACCCUUGGUAUAAGGAUCGUGGGUGGAAAUGAAACUCCCUUGGUUCACAUAAUCAUACAACAUAUUUAUCAAGAAGGAAUAAUUGCUCGAGACGGGAGGCUGCUUCCAGGAGAUAUGAUCUUAAAGGUAAAUGGCAUUGACAUUAGUAAUGUACCCCACAAAUAUGCCCUCUCUGUGCUGAGACAACCUUCUCAGGUGUUAAGGCUCACAGUUCUAAGGGAACAAAGGUACAAAUGCAGAAGCAAUGGAAUCUCCAUAGACCAACAUAGCACUGGAGAAGACAGCAUUCAUGUUGUACUAAGCAAAAGCAGCCAUGACGUGCAGCUGGGGAUCAAGCUAGUCCGCAAGCGAGAUGAGCCUGGAAUAUAUAUUUUCAAUCUACUUGAAGGAGGUGUUGCAGCACGAGAUGGUUACUUGCAGGAGAAUGAUCGGGUUUUGGCGAUAAACGGCCAUGAUGUGCGUAAUGGUACUCCAGAAAUUGCAGCUCAGCUCAUACAGGCCAGCCAGGAGGGGGUUUACUUUAUUGUUUCCCGGCAGACCAGACAUCACACCCCUGAUAUCUUGCAGGAGGCUGGGUGGCAUAGCAACGGCAGCCCUCCGCCAUGUUCAAAUGAGAGAAACCAUUUUAACAAGAACAUUAAUCGCUAUACCAUGUGUUAUGAGAAGGUUGUGAGCAUCGUGAAGGACCACACGGAGUCUUUAGGAAUGACAGUGGCAGGAGGAGUAUCCAAUUGGGAAUGGGACUUGCCUAUUUUUGUUACAAGUGUUGACCCUGAUGGAGUCAUUGGAAGAGAUGGAAGAAUAAAAACAGGAGACAUUUUACUGAAUGUAAAUGGCAUUGACCUAACAGGAGUAAGCCGCAGCGAAGCAGUGUCCUUAUUAAAAAACUCUUCUUCCUCCACUGUGGUUUUGAGAGCUUUGGAAACAAAAGAAUACGAGACUCAGGAGGACAACAGCGACAACGCCCAAUUCAUGGAUUCCAUCCAAGAUGGCUUUGAAAGGAGAGAAUGGUCACCUGUCUGGGUCAUGUGGUUGAAGCUGCCUCAGUAUUUGUACAGCUGCCGGGAGAUUGUGCUGAGGAGGAAUACGGCUGGGAGUUUGGGAUUCAGUAUAGUAGGGGGGUCCGAGGACUGCAGAAGAAACAAACCUUUCUUUAUUAAGUCCAUACUGGAGGGUACCCCAGCUUACAACGAUGGACGAAUCAGGUGCGGUGACAUACUCCUCGCGGUUAAUGGCAGGUGCAUGUCAGGGAUAUCGCACGACUGCCUGGUUAGGAUGCUGAAGGAAAUAAAAGGAAGAGUUCUCCUUACGAUUGUGUCGUGGCCUGGAUCCUUCUUGUAGAUGGUCUUUCGUUAAGGAAGACUGCUGCCAUCACGUAAUGCACAUUCCACUUGACAUCAUUCAUGCCGAUGCUCUCUUAACACUUGCUUUUUGGUCAGAUUUGGAUAUGUAUGAGGAUCACCAUGUAUGCAUAACAGGAAACGCAGCCGACAAAUUCCAGAAGUCAAACACUUUUACACGUUUGCUUAGAGAUACCACCAUGUAGAUGCACUUUGUCUGUUUAUUUGUCGUCUGUUGUUUGAUAAUUUGUCCGUAUUUCUUCUGAUCUGUGACUAGUGUAUAUUUUACACCCCAGCACCGAGGGGCCAGAACCAGGCCUCGCAGAGAGAGGCUCCGGCACCUGAAUCAUGGGGGGCACUGUGCAGCGGCAUAUUCCCCCUAGGGAGACAGGGGUGAAAUGGAGGCCU